UAGACCAAGCGAUGGCAGACCUUCCAUUCUACCAACCAAAAGGCAGUUGGGCUGCGUACGAGCGCAUCCAACAGAAGAAAAAGAAAGUCAUGGUUAGCUCAAGUGAGGAACCUACGACUGAUCUCUUGGACGCGGUGUCUCUACCCUCGCCUGUCGGAAGGGGCAAGCGAUCCGCAUCAUCCGUCGUCUCUGAUCAGUCUGGUGGCUCAAUCAUUAUGAAGUUUCCUGUGGAUGCUGCUGCUUAUACGCCUUGUGCUCCGCUGCUUGAGGAUCGUGCUCGGUUGGAUGCUGCUGGCUAUGACUCGGCUAUGGAGGCUAUCGUUUCCCAUUCAUUUUUGGGUACACGGGGUAUCCUUUACUUGGGGGACAAGGUGAAGGAGCUUGAGAAACAACUGACGAAACUUCGUGCCGAGCAGGUCGACUAUAGGAAGGAGAAUCGUGAUUUGAAGAAGUGCAAGGUCGAAUUGCACAAAGUGAUUAAGGGCUUGCAGGAACAAGUGGCGUCCCACGAGCAAGAUGCCGGGAAGCUUCAUGAAGCACUUGAGAAUUUGGAGGCUGUCAGUGCUCGAGUGAGGGAUCUUGAGUUUGAGAUCGUACAAUUGAAGAAUAUGAUGGAGGAUGUUGGGUUAGAGACAGAGGUCUUGAUUCGCGGUGAGAUUUAUCAAGAGUUUCGUGAUGGUAAGUCGGGUGAGUGGGAUAUAGAUAGAUGUAUCCUUGAAAUGGAGAAACUGUUGCAACAAAGGGCUGAAAAGGCUGCUGCUAUCCGGGCUCGGGCGGCUGCCGAGGCUAAGGAGUUAACCGAUACUCUUGGUCGAUUGGAUGCCGAGGAUGCUGCCGGCGUUUCCCAUGGUUCCACUGAUUCCUAAUUGGUGUUUUAUCUUUAUCAUUAUGUAGACUUGCUCAAACUUGAUAUGUUUGGUUGUAUUUGGUUUUUAAGAUUAUCUGUACGGAUUUCUAUAGUUAUUUGUCCCCCAGUUUGGGUCUUGGUCGAUUUGGAGACUAGACUCAAACUUAGUGUUGUCGUUGUAUUUCAGAAUUUUUCGGCAUAGCCGACCAGUUGGAGGGUUUGAACCCUUGAAUGUUAUGGAGUUGGGAUAUUUGAUCU